UCUGCAGCGUGUACUGGUGGCACAAGUAGUGGGCUUAGGGCGGUCGUGAGUCAGGUCUCUUCUCGCCACUGGAGGGUUUAUAUGUUUAGCGGAAGUAUUUCCGUAUUGUGUUCUGCGGUCAACUUGUCUGAAGUGUAGUGAUUUUUUUUCAGCGGUAUUCCCAUUUGGAUCUCAUUUGAGAACGUGCCAUGAAGACACUCUCGACAUUGGUUCUUCUCCUGCUGGCGACAUGCGCCCUAAUCAAGGCGGACGAACAGACGCAUAGCGCUUCCUCGAUACAGGAUAUACCUGAACAGGGCCUUGCUGCGGAUGAAGACGACGAUGAUGAUGAAGUCGCUCUCGACGAUGAAUCUGACGAUACGACCGAGCCCGUAGCGAGAGAGAACCCGUGUAACAAGAAGCAAUGUCAGAGGGGCGAGGAAUGUGUGCUUCGGGACGAAAAGGCCAAGUGUGUGUGCGUUGCGAGGUGUCCCCAAGUCUACAACCCCCGUCACAAGGUUUGCGGAUCCAGAAACACGACCUUUGACAGCGAGUGCCAUUUAGAUCGUGAGGUCUGUCUGUGUAAAACCAAGUCGCCCGAAUGUUCCAACCCCGCCUUCAAGAAGCUUAAGCUGAAUUACUUCGGAGAGUGCCAGAACCUAGCCAGGUGUGAUAACGUAGGAAUGGCUCAGUUUCCAGAGCGGAUGGAGGGCUGGCUGGCCGUUAUUAUGAACGUUGUGGCUUCCCGCAAAGAGCUCGGGCCUUACGAGGAGUUGUUGACCGACAGUCUACAACAACGUAUCAACGCCGUCAUCUGGAAGUUUUGUGACCUGGACGUCCAUCCCCAGGACAGACGUGUCAGCCGUAAGGAACUACAGAUGAUCAUCGCCUCCUUGCGUCCUAUGGAACCAUGUCUGGUACCCUUCCUCAACAAAUGUGACGCCAACAGUGACCGUAAGAUUUCACUGAAGGAGUGGGGCACCUGUCUGGGCUUGGAAAGGGGUGAAAUCGUGGACAAAUGUAAAAGGUUGAGAAAAUCGAGAAGAGCUUAGACGUCUGUGAUACCAAUACUUGGGAGAUUCCGAUAUGUUAGUCACAAAGAUCUGGAGUGUUAACUCAUCAGUGUAGGUUUUGUACAGGAGAUUCCGGAAGGUUGGUCAACUAGGAGAUUCCGGGAGGUUAGUCACCAAGAUGUGGAGUGUUUACACACAUUUCUGGCAUAACUCCCGAUUAUACACGCUUCUUUAUGGUAACCGAAAAACAAGAGUCGCUUUCUUCAUCUUCAACGAAAACUAUCUUAAAUACUGUUCAUUCAGUGUAUACCAUGUUUAACUGUAUAAAGGAAAAUUAGUUUAUUCGAUGUUUAUUUUAAUAAGCAAAAUCAAUUAAGAUUAAUGAUUAUAAUAAAGCUGUGGAUUAGGAA